CUCCGCGAGACCAGCCGAUGGAUCCACCACCAGCGACUCAAGGGCCGCGCGGUCGUGAUCAACUGCGCGCAGGGCAAGUCCCGAUCGGGCACGCUCGCUGCGGCCUACCUCAUGUUCCGCGACGACGUCGACGACGGCGAGGCCCUGCGACGGAUACGCACAGCGCGUCCGUUCGUGUCUCCGAACCGCGGCUUCCUCGAGCAGCUCGCGACGCACGGGCCCGAGCUGCGCUUCGCCGGGCGCGAGGAGAAGCUACCGUGA